AUGUUCCACACUUUCAGUAACACGGGUUGGCUGACCUACGGAGCGGUACUUAAUCGGCUGCAUGAUAAGUACGGCAAGCCUGCAAUCGACGCGGCGAUUAAGGGAUGCGUCGUGGAUUCCGCGCCGAUCCUGGAGCAGGACCCGCAGGUGUGGGCGCGCGGGUUCGCCGCUGCGAUCUUGCAGAAGCGCAGCUCCGCCACCCGCGCGGGGCGCGCGGACGUUUCGGCGACUGCGGAAGCUUCCGCUGCUGCUGACUCAGCAGUCACGGCGGCGGAGUCGUCCUCCGCCGGCGGCGCUGCGAAGGGGAGCGCUGAAGGGGUUGAGAAGGAGGCGAAUGGGAAGGUAUGGGGAGUGACGGAUAGAGGCGAGUGGGAGGCACAGCCGAGAGAUGAAACUCGCCCCGCCGCGAUCGACGGUCUGAAGCACCACCAUCGCAGUUCCCUAGGCUUCGCGUCUCUCACUGCUGAGAUGGAUGUUGUGGAGGAGAGGGAGGAGAGGAGGCGGAGUGCGGGUGGUGUGACGGGAGAGCGAGCGGGGGAGGGAGUGGGGGUUAAGAAGGUGGUGAAAGCAGAAGAAGAUGCGGUGGAGAAGACGUUGCUGAACGUUCUGCGAAGGUUCUUCACGUGGUUGCUGCAGCUCCCAGUUGUCAAGACCAAGCUCGAUACAGUCACAAGCACGCUCGCCUCAGAGCAACCCGAGUGCCCGCAGCUGUAUCUCUACAGUACAGCAGACACGGUGAUUCCCGCAGAGGCUGUUGAGUCGUUCAUCCAACGGCAGAGAUCGCGCGGGUGCGCGGUCAUGUUCAAGAGGUUCGACUCCUCACCGCAUGUGGACCACUACCGAACCUUCCCGGAAAUUUACUCGGCAGAGCUGGAGGCGUUUCUGGAAAAAUGCUUGCAGCAGCCCAAGCAGUAG